AUGUCAGGUGCAUGUGGCUCAAAGCGCAAGGGCAAAGCUGCCAUCCCCAAGCCAGCUAGGGGAUCAGGCCUGAAUCCAUCUGGUUUGCCAGCUGCUGAUCAACUAAAUCUUGAUGCAGAACAACCCCGAAUGGCGCCAUUCAACUUUGAUCCAUACGGACAAUCUGUAGGAGGGCGGCAAGACACACAGCAACAGCUUUAUGGGAACGCUGAAGGCCCAUCAUUUGGUCACACGCAGGGCCAAGCGCCCACACAAGGGCAGUUGCCAUAUGACCACACCCAAGGCUUGUUGCCUUAUGGAGAUGGAGAGGGUUCAAUGGUUUGUCUUAUUGAGAUGGAGAGGGUGCUUCAUAUGGAGAUGGAGAAGGCACUUUGUAUGGAGAUGGAGAGGGCACUUUGUAUGGAGAUGGAGAGGGUUCAGUGUCAUAUGGAGCGGGCCCGUUGUCAUUCAGUCACGCACAGGAACAUAUUGGGUGAAGAAGGUUACGACUUCUACGACUACUUCAAGGAUGUCUCAUUCGACUCAGGUCCAUCAUUUCCCGAUUUCCCUCCUGAUCACCCUGGACAAACAGUACCUGUGCCUCAGUGGAUUGAAGAGGCACCAGAUGGAGGUACCAGUAUCACAGAUCGAAGUGGGGGGCUGUCACCCCUGGCUUCAAAUUUGACAAUGAUUCAACAAGGGGAAAUUCCCGCCUCAGAAGUGGUACAUACAGCAGGGCCUGCAAGGACAACCCAGGCACGCAGAGAUCGACGUGCCAAUAUGCCUGCAACGCCAUACCAGGCAUCGUGGAUCCCCACCAACACUGCCGACACGCAGAUGCACACCGCUGUCACCAAACCGCACGAGACGCCAAAUGACCAACGACCUAAAAAUGUCAUUAUACUAAUGAAAGAAGUCAUCCAGCAAUCGAUAAAGGACGCCAAAGUGUUGAUAAUGCGAGUUGUAUUCUCAAGGAAUGCAAUGGUGUACUCUAGAAAGAAAAAGAAGGACAUCGUCGAUAAGGCCAUUACUGACUCAGUCCCACAGUUUUACGGGCCAGAUGCUGUAUUCCAGACUUUCAUCACGAAUGCGCACCGUAAACAGGUUGCAAAUGCCUUUUCCACUAAACGUGGAAAAAUGAUCGAUUUUGCAUGGGAUGGCACUUGCGAUGCGUUCCAACUUUUGCCCCCACAAGGACACACCUUACCAGCAGACCAGUAUCACAUUGCCAGGGUCAGCCUCAUUAUUCAGGGCACUGACCCUCUUCUGUUCAUGCAUGACUUUUAUUUCGACGAGAAUGAUAAUAUAAUCGUACGCGCAAGAUUCAAGAGCAGAUUCGUUAUGGCCAAUGUGAUCAGGUUCAUAUGGUAUUGGAGCAACGCAUCAUUUCUUGACAUGUCCUCACUCAAGACUAUCAAGAACAUCGUAGGCGUAGCUGGCGCAGCUAUGUACUGCGCGUUGUAUGAACAAGGAAUGGCGCAGUUGGACAUAGACCCAUUUGGUGGAAAAGCUCACCAUGACAAGUUCAAAGAAAUUGUUCACGCAUUCGAUGGACUUACUGGUGCAGAGAAAACUGACUUGGAGCAGCAUUUCCGGUAUAUAUUAGAAAUUGGACCUUCGCAAGCACGGGGCCAGAGCUCGUUGGCAUCAGACUCAGAGAUGAGUGAUUCGAUGUAG